GGAGGUUUGCACAUUGCAAACCGUAGUUAACAUUCACGAAACCAACAAGCCAAAGGCGCCAUGGCAACCAGUAAACGAACCCGCAAAAAUAACAAUAAUUAGAAUAAGAAACAGAAAAAAAAUCAAGUUAGUGUGACAACAAAUGCAAGGUUCCCUUUCCGGUGAAAGUGCUGCAACUGAGUGUGUCAUUGCUGACCAACAAUUUGUUUUCACUUGUUCUAGUCGUUUCCUCUAGCCUCCUCAGUUGCCGAGGAGCAUAGUAGUCUUUCCACAGCCGUAUUCCUAGGAACGUACUGCCAGUUUCAUCAUGGCCUUCACUCCUGACCAGCAGCGGUCUCUUGCGGAGAUGAUUUCGGCUUCGGUCUCGUCGGCGUUGUCGGCCCACUCCGCAUCUCGAGGACCGGAUAGGGGAGCGUCUGAUGGGCCAUCAGAUCAAGCCGAUGGGUGGGUUCGAUAUCAUUCACCUCCAGCCACCACCAGGAGGGAGAUACUCGACGCUCAAGCCAGCAGGCUCCUGGCCCAAUCGGUGGCGCCCCGGACACGCCAGACCUACAGCCCUGGAGUCAGGUCCUACAUUCAGUUUGCGCAGCAGCUCCGCUUCAGCCAUCUGGCACCGACGGUCAAUGAUAUAGUUCUCUUCAUGACGUCACUGUCCGCGUCACUGUCUGGGAAGACAAUCAGGGUAUACCUAGCAGCCGUCCGCCACCACUUUGUAUUGAAUGAUGGUCCGGUGGAUCUGCUCAGAGCACCCAGGAUACUGGCCUUGCUGAAGGGCAUCGACCGUGACAAGCUGACGUCCAGGCCAAUGCCUGUGCCUCCGUCAUCCAGACGUGCGGUGACACCCAACGACCUCAAGGCUAUCCGCGAAUUCCUGGAGUUCUCGCAUUAUGCACCGCAAGACAAGGCCAUGCUCUGGGCAGCAGUACUCACAGCUUUCCACGGGCUCAUGCGUGUGAGCGAGUACACGGCGCCAUCACCAACAACGGUGGAUGCUCACAGGACUCUUCAGAGGAGCCAUGUCGCCCUCUCAGAGGAGAAGGUCACGAUCACCCUAGGGGUAACGAAGACGGCACAGUCGGGCGCUGGGGGCACAGUGUUACUGCAUGCAAGCAGGUAUCCCGCAACCUGCCCUGUGCGUUCAGUCGCUGCCUACAUAAGUGCCAGGGAGUGGGCGGAUACAGGUGCCCCAUUCUUCGCCUUCCGCGAGGGGCGCUACCUAACCCCGGGCGACGUGAACGCCAUUCUCAAGAGGGCUCUCGGCCCAGGCGUUUCAAGCCAUUCUCUGCGGAUCGGUGGUGCUACGGCCAUGGCCGAACGACAGGCCCCGGAGUGGCAAAUUCAAGCGGCAGGGCGCUGGUCAAGCUCUGCGUACAAGGCGUACGUCCGUGUCCCGUCGGGCAUGCCAGCUUAUCAGCAGACAGAGCUAGCGUAGAGAGCAGUUCGAAGCUUCACGGGGUUCAUGUGCCUAAGUUGCAUUCAAGUCACGGCCCUGCGUCCGCGGCCACCCACUCCCUUUCUUGGAGGCAUGUGGGGUUGGCGGUCAAUCGCCUGCCCGCAGCUUCGGGCAAACACAUGACACCGGGUUGUCAUCGCAAAAUGCCCCCAAAGGUGGCCGGGCACCGGGUUGCCCAGGGUGACCGCGGCCCACGACUUCAAAAUGUUUCUCACCUUAUCACUAUUCCCUUGUUCCCUGAUCAUUGCCUUGGAACAGUAUCACUUUGCUCUCAGAUGUUUCAAAAUUUGAUUCUAAUGAUUAAUAAAUUUCGGGCACAUGAAACCCCUCCAAAAAAUACCAACCGUGAUCCGUUGUUGUGUGGAGUGAAUGUUGAAAUGGAGGUUUGCACAUUGCAAACCGUAGUUAACAUUCACGAAACCAACAAGCCAAAGGCGCCAUGGCAACCAGUAAACGAACCCGCAAAAAUAACAAUAAUUAGAAUAAGAAACAGAAAAAAAAUCAAGUUAGUGUGACAACAAAUGCAAGGUUCCCUUUCCGGUGAAAGUGCUGCAACUGAGUGUGUCAUUGCUGACCAACAAUUUGUUUUCCCCACCCUCCACUCCCACUGUACAAGUAUUACUGGUACACAUGGAGGCAUGUGGGGUUGGCGGUCAAUCGCCUGCCCGCAGCUUCGGGCAAACACAUGACACCGGGUUGUCAUCGCAAAAUGCCCCCAGAGGUGGCCGGGCACCGGGUUGCCCAGGGUGACCGCGGCCCACGACUUCAAAAUGUUUCUCACCUUAUCACUAUUCCCUUGUUCCCUGAUCAUUGCCUUGGAACAGUAUCACUUUGCUCUCAGAUGUUUCAAAAUUUGAUUCGAAUGAUUAAUAAAUUUCGGGCACAUGAAACCCCUCCAAAAAAUA